GAGGCGUGCCGGGAUUCCAGGAUUGGAGGAGGAGGCACGAUGAAAGCCCUGCUGCUGUUCGUGGGGCUGCUGCUGACCUGGGAGAGCGGGCAGGUCCUGGGAGACCAGGCCGUCUCCGACAAUGAGCUCCAGGAAAUGUCCAACCAGGGAAGUAAGUACAUUAACAAGGAGAUUCAAAACGCUGUCAACGGGGUGAAACAGAUCAAGAAUCUCAUAGAAAGAACCAACGAGGAGCGCAAGAUUCUGCUCAACAACCUCGAGGAAGCCAAGAAGAAGAAGGAGGAUGUCCUGAAUGAGACCAGGGAUUCGGAAAUGAAGCUCAAGGCAUUCCCAGGAGUGUGCAAUGAGACCAUGAUGGCCCUGUGGGAGGAGUGUAAGCCCUGCCUGAAACAGACCUGCAUGAAGUUCUAUGCACGCGUCUGCAGGAGUGGCUCAGGCCUGGUGGGCCGCCAGCUCGAGGAGUUCCUGAACCAGAGCUCCCCGUUCUACUUCUGGAUCAACGGGGACCGCAUCGACUCCCUGCUGGAGGACGACCGGCAGCAGAGCCACAUGCUGGACGUCAUGCAGGACCGCUUCAGCCGGGCGUCCAGCAUCAUGGACGAGCUCUUCCAGGAUAGGUUCUUCACCCACGAGCCCCAGGACAGCUUCCGCUCCUUCCCCUUCGGCCUGACGCCCUGGAGGCCUCACUUUCUCUUCCCCAAGUCCCGCUUCGUGCGCAGCCUGAUGCCUUUCUCCCCGUACGAGCCCCCGAGCUUCCAGGACAUGUUCCAGCCCUUCUUUGACAUGAUACACCAGGCUCAGCAGGCCAUGGAUGUCCACUUCCACAGCCCGGCCUUCCAGCACCCGCAGAUGGACCUCAUCAGAGAAGGUGACGACGACCGCACGGUGUGCCGGGAGAUCCGUCACAACUCCACGGGCUGUCUGAGGAUGAAGGACCAGUGUGAGAAAUGCCGGGAGAUCUUGUCCGUGGACUGUUCGGCCAGCGACCCCUCGCAGGCCCAGCUGCGGCAGGAGUUGAACGAUUCCCUCCAGCUGGCCGAGCUGCUGACCAAGAGGUACAACGACCUGCUUCAUUCCUACCAGCGGAAGAUGCUCAACACGUCCUCCCUGCUGGAGCAGCUCAACGAGCAGUUCAGCUGGGUGUCCCAGCUGGCCAACCUCACCCAAGGGGAGGACCAGUACUAUCUCCGCGUCACCACGGUGGCUUCCCACACUUCUGACUCAGACGCUCCCUCUGGUGUCACCGAGGUGGUUGUGAAGCUGUUUGACUCCGACCCCAUCACCGUGACGGUCCCCGUGGAAGUCUCCAGGAAAAACCCUAAAUUCAUGGAGACCGUGGCAGAGAAAGCGCUACAGGAAUACCGUAAAAAGAGCCGGGAGGAGUGAGACGUGAGCGCCGCUCUUCCACACUCGGGGGCAUCUGAGUCCAGCUCCCCCGAAGGGAGCCCCCGCCCCCGGAGAGAGCUCUGCGUGACACCGAGCGACUAGGCCCCGGCCUCCCGGCCUCCACCCCCACCCAGCCUCUCCUCUCGCCGGAUUCUGCACUCUAAUGCCUGCAUCCGCCGCUUAGGGAAAGAACUGUCCUGCAUGCCACUAAUUCAAUAAAUCUGCCUUGUGAUC